CUCGCCCGAUGAUGAUGGAUUGAUCCUGUGUCCGACCCGUCCGCCUCUCCUUGACCCGUUCGUUUCCUUCUUGUCAUUCUUUUUAAUCUUUUAGUUCGUUGAUGCGGCCGUCCCGAUGUUCCUCCGCCUGCUCCUCCGCCGCGUGCUGGUCGUCUUGAUCCCGCUGGCCCUGACCAGCACCGUCUACUUGUAUCUCUACCCGCUCUUCCACGGCUGCGCGUUCCCUCUCCCUGAUGACUCGUCCGCUGCAAACUCCCUCCUCUCGAUCCCUCACCUUUCGCCCUCCUUCUUGACCACCCUCCGCCACCACCUCUCCCCUUCCCCGUCCGCCGCUUCGCCCGCCGACCCCCCGAUCUUCCGCCUCCUCGUGCUCGCCGACCCCCAACUAGAAGGCGACUCCUCGCUGCCCAAACCCUACGAACAGCUUCCAGCCCGUCUCUCCAACUACUACGCCGACUUGCGCUCCUCUCUCCGCUCGAAACCCCCCUCCGCAACCCUCUCCACCUUCCGCUCCCUCCUCCGCUCCCUCCUCCACGACGACCUUCCCCGCGCAUUCCGCGCCGCGCGCAAACGUCUCGACCUCCUCGGCAAUGACUACUACCUCGCGCACAUCUACCGCACCCUGCACUGGUGGAGUGUGCCCUCGCAUGUCACAGUGCUGGGAGAUCUCAUUGGGAGUCAGUGGGUGAGUGAGGGGGAGUUUGAAGCCCGGGGGGAACGGUUCUGGGAGAGGGUAUUUCGGGGCGGAACGCGGGUAGAGGAUCAUAUUUCGGGGGUGGAGGUGUUGGGCGAGGAUGCGAGGUGGGAGAAUCGACUGGUGAAUAUCGUGGGGAAUCAUGAUGUUGGGUAUGCGGGGGAUGUGAGUCGGGGGAGGAUGGAGAGGUUCGAGAGGGUGUUUGGACGGGGGGAGUGGGAUGUUAAGUUCCAGUUGCCCUCAACCUCCUCCUCCUCCUCCUCCUCCUCCUCCUCUUCUUCAUCAGUGAAGGGAGAAGCAGGUGAUGCGGAAGCACCCACCAUCCACCUCAUCAACCUCAACAGUCUCAUUCUGGACACUCCGGCCCUGGACCCGGCUAUCCAGGCGUCGGCGUACGAAUACCUGAACGGGUUGUUGGAGGAACGCAGUCCCCCCGUCACGGGGGAUCGAAACCGCACGUUCACGCUCUUGUUGACGCAUCUUCCUCUGCAUAAGAAGGAAGGGGUCUGUACGGAUGCGCCGUACUUUGCCUUUCAUGAGGAGGAUGACUCCCAAGACGAACCGCGGUUCUAUGCCGGUGGAUUGAAGGAGCAGAAUCAUUUGAGUCAGUAUGUUAGCGCGAAUGCGGUCCUGGAGGGCGUGUUUGGGAUGAGUGGGGAUGAGAGUGUGCCGGGGGGUGGAUGGGGUCGGAAGGGGCUGAUUUUAACGGGCCACGAUCAUACGGGGUGUGAUGUGGUGCAUUUUGUGAAUCGGACGGUUGAGGAGGACGAGGAGGGGGAGAAGAAGGGGUGGGGAUGGGAUGCGAUGCGGUAUGGCGAGUUGGAUUUGAUGUCGGGGUUAGAGAGGGAGAAGAGCAUAGGAGUCCCAGCCAUUCGGGAGGUCACGAUGCGAUCUAUGAUGGGGGAGUAUGGGGGAUAUGCUGGGUUACUAUCGGUCUGGUUUGAUGGCGAGUGGCAGUAUCGGAUUCAGAUGUGUGCUGCGGGCGUGCAGCACAUUUGGUGGGCAGUGCAUGUGUUGGAUAUCGUGACUGGAGUGUUGGUGUUGAUAUUAUUCCUUGGUGGUGCUGGAGCGUCUGGUGUAUCUGCUGGAAAAGAUACCCGACCUCGACAGAAGACCAAGGAGCAAUGAGUAUAUGUAUAAAAGUAUAUCACAGCAGACUAUUGUCUAUAUUGGAUCAUUUAGAACAUUAUUCUCCAGCAUACAAUUUAAUUCACUAAGCCC